AUGACGGAAACACUGGGAUUUUUGAAUGCCAACGUUUGUAACAUCCAAUUUUCUGAUGCAGAAGAACUAUUAGAACCAGACUAUCUAACAAACCCUCACAUCCAGGCAGUACUAGUUGUAACAUUCCUGGUGGCUUACCUCCUGAUCCUCACAGAGAACCUGCUGAUGCUGCUGGUGGUCAGUACUGAUUCCCACCUCCACAGCCCCAUGUACUUCUUCCUCAGCCACCUCUCCUUCCUGGAUGCCUUCUAUUCCUCCAUCAUUGUCCCUAAGCUGCUAGAGCACCUUCUUUCCAAGUGGAAGACUGUAUCCCUCCUUGAGUGUUUCGCCCAGAUCUCCUUGGUCAUAUUUUCUGCAGCCACUGAAACUUGCCUCCUUUCAGUCAUGGCCUAUGACCGGUUCCAGGCUGUGUGCCACCCACUGCUGUAUGUGGUGGCCAUGAACAGGAAGGUGUGCACUGGCCUGGUGGGAGCAUCCUGGGCCAUAGGAAUGGGGACGGGCUUAGUUAACACCAUCCUCCUGGCUCAGCAUCACUUCUGUGGCCCCAACCUUGUCCGGAGCUUUGCCUGUGAGCUUCCCCCAGUGCUCCUGCUGGUCUGCUCUGACCCCUCCGUUAGCAUUGCCUCCAUCCUGAUGACCAUGGUAAUCCUGGGACUUGGCACCCUUGUUCUGUUGCUGGGUUCCUACACCCGUAUCAUCAUGACAGCCUUAAGGAUCAACUCUGCCACAGGUCGGAGCAAGAUCUUCUCUACCUGCUCAUCUCAUUUCCUUGUGGUCACCAAUCUUCUAUCUUCAGGAGUUUCCAGGUACAUGACUCCAGCUUCCGGCUCAGUCUUGGAGCAAGUGCUGUCUGUGCAGUACAGUGUGGUGACGCCACUGCUUAACCCCCUCAUCUACAGCCUGAAGAACCAGGAGGUGAAAGCAGCUCUGAGGAGGAUGCUGACCAAGAAGCCCAGGCUGAGCUCCUAA